AUGGUCCCGCCGCCAAUAUUUGCUCCGGCACCUUCACCCUCGCCGACCAGGACUGGCGGCACGGGCAAUCCAGCUGGCUAUGGCCGGUCGUGUACAAACUGCUCGCGGGCCAAGGCUAAGUGCAUUGUCAAGUACCCCGAUGCCUCUUGCGUGCGCUGCGACCGCCUGGGCAAGGAGUGCCUGCCCAUCAUCGCCCUGAGGAAGCGAGCCCCCAAGAAGUCGCCUUCGUCGCGCACGGCUAAGCUUGAGGAGAAGCUCGACGACCUGGUCUCGAUUCUGCGAGGGACGCAGCAGCCGCAACCGCCGCCCUCGAACCCCGUCGCACAAGACCCGUACCCACAGCAGCCGUUGGAGCAGUCGCACAACAUGCCCAGCCGCCUCGACUCUCUGGCGACGGCUGCCACCGCGUCUGCCUCGACGCCGACCAAUAUGUUGCAUGCUUCCCAGUUCCCGUCCAGCGCGCCCAUGUUUGAUGCCGCCGCCGACGACGCGCCUGAGCCCACACCGGCCGAGGCCGAGGUCUACCUGGACAAGUUCCGCGGCUGGCUUGAGAGGUUCCCCUUCAUGUACCUGCCCCCCGAGGUCACCGCUGCCGCACUUCGCCGGGAACGUCCGUUUCUCUGGCUCUGUAUCAUGAAUGUCACCUCAAUGUCUGUACCGCAGAUGCAAAGAAUGAAAGUCACAGUCCGGCGAGAGGUGGCCCAGAGAGUCGUCAUGGACCACGAGCCGAGUAUGGAUAUCCUGUUGGGGCUGCUUGCUUAUCUGGGCUGGGCUUCGAUGAUUAGCGGUCCCGAUUCGAAGCCCUUCCUGGUGUUGUAUACGCAGCUGGCCACGAGCGUUCUGCACGAGCUGUCGCUGGCGAGAUCGCCAAUUGAAGAGCAGUAUUUUCACAAUUGUUUCAAAAUUUGGGGAGGACGGCCGCCCGGGCCCAAGAUUAGAACAUUGGAAGAACGCAGGGCUCUUCUGUCCACUUGGUACCUCACAUCUGUAUUUGCUUCGUUUAUUGGUAAAAUGGAAACACUCCGGUGGACCUCACACAUAGAUGAGUCCAUCGAGAUACUCGAACGGGAAAAGGAAAGCCCCUUCGAUGUCAUCCUUACGAACCUGGUCAAGGUCCAGCAGAUCACUGAUGAUGCACACCACCUCCUUGUACGGGAUCUGCUUGGGGGAGGGCCCAACGUGGCGCCCAGCUGUCUUUUCAGAACGGCGAUGCUCUCGCGAUUGAGCACGCUCAAGGACAGUAUGCCGGCAAAUGUUGCAGCACAUUAUGUAAUCCGUCUCCACAUUCACUUUUGCGAGGUCCAGAUCCAUUCCACAGGGCUGUACUCGCAGUCCCUCACGGACACGCCCUAUGGGGUUGAUGCGCAGCGCAUCGAUUCCAUGUACGGAUGCGUGAGAUCAAUUCGCGGCUGGCACGACUUGUUCUUCUCCCUCCCCAUCAACGAGCUCCCGGGCCUGCCAUUCAGCUGCUUCAUUCAUCUCUUCCAAUGCCAAGUCUCUCUCUACCGACUGGCCACCACUGAAGACCCGGCCUGGGACAAGGACAUGAUGCGCCACACGGUCGACCUGCUCGAGUUUCUCGACCAGGCGCACGAUCGAUUCCAGCAAUUGAACCAGGUCUACGUGCUCAAGACCGGGCCGGGCGACGAGACUCUCUGGCAGAAGGGAUGCAAGAUAAUGAGGAACAUCAAGGCAAUGUGGGAGCCCGCCCUGGCCAGUGCGGCGCUGGGCGGCCUGCCGACACCCAGUAGUCAAGGGUUCAGCGGCCUGGGAUCUGGAUCGGUAGCUGGCAUGCCUGUGCCGGGCCCGGUUCCCAGUGGCGCGGCGGCGAUGGGCGGCGACAAGAACCCGCUCCUCCCGGAGAACGGACCGAUGGAUUUUAAUGACAUGGCCUGGAUGACGGAUGUUUUUGGGCCGUGGGAUUUCUUAAAAAGUAAUGAGUCGGGUGGGAAGCCGUCGUGA